GCGGGGCGAGGCGGUAACCCCGCCCACCCCUUCCGCUCGCCCUCCCCGCCGCGCAUGCGCGCACGGGGCCGGACGGGUGAUUCACGCAUCCAAAAUGGCGGCCGCGAUGGAUGUGGACACCCCUAGCGGUACCAACAGCGGCGCCGGCAAGAAGCGCUUCGAAGUGAAGAAAUGGAACGCAGUAGCUCUGUGGGCAUGGGACAUUGUGGUUGAUAACUGUGCCAUUUGCAGAAACCAUAUUAUGGAUUUAUUGUUCCUGAUUUCUGCAAAGGCUUGCUCUCUGGUGCUGUCAUUGCAACAUGGCAUAGAAUGUCAAGCAAACCAAGCAUCAGCUACCUCUGAAGAGUGUACAGUUGCAUGGGGCGUCUGCAAUCAUGCUUUCCACUUCCACUGCAUCUCUCGCUGGCUCAAAACUCGCCAAGUAUGUCCGCUGGACAACAGGGAAUGGGAGUUCCAAAAGUAUGGACACUAGAGAGAUGCUCACCAUGCUUCUUGUUACGUCGUCAGACUCAGUUGUUCCUGUCACUAUGGGUUUGUUUUAGCAACUUGAAAAAUCAGUAAUGUAUACGAUUCUUCUUUAAUCUUAAUUUCUCCUUAUUGUAUACCAUUGAAUAAAAUCUUGCUGGAGCUUCCCGUCAAA